GGCUAGUCCAAACAGAAGAGUAGAACUUUCUAGCACUCUGAUUGAGCUCUCAGUUUGUGUGUGAUUGUAUUCAGAAAUGGCGAAGCGUUUGAUUCCAUCCUUCAAUCGCAUUUUGGUUGAGAAAAUCGUUCUUCCUUCCAAAACGCAAUCUGGAAUUUUACUUCCUGAGAAAGCCCCCCAGCUAAACUCUGCAAAAGUUGUAGCUGUGGGCCCUGGAAGUCGUGAUAGAGAUGGAAAGCUUAUUCCUGUGACUAUAAAGGAAGGAGACACUGUUCUUUUACCAGAGUUUGGGGGCACUCAAGUGAAGCUUGGUGAGAAGGAGUACCAUCUUUACAGGGAUGAAGAUAUUCUAGGAACCCUUCAUGACUAGUGCAUGGUGUUACUUCCAUUCAAUCAAGGAAUUCAAAAUGGCGAUUGCUUUUGAAUGUAGUGGGAUGUUAUCAUGACUACUUAUGUUGUAUCAUGCGAUUUUAGAAAUUUCGAGGUUCUGGUACUGGAGAGAACAGUUUUUGGCGCAUAAUAUAUUAUAUUACCUCUUUGUGGUAAUCUAAGACAAUUCUAAAGUUUAAAGUAAAGCUAAAAUCAAAAUCAAAGGGUUGUCUCAUAUUCCUUUGUAGAUG